AUGAGCUCUGCAUACAACGCCCUCAUAGGUCAGACAGCGCUAAACCAUCUCACCGCAGUGGUCUUCACUCCACACCUGUGCAUGAAGUUUUCAACACCUGAAGGGAUCGCCACCGUAAAAGGAGACCAAAAACUCGUGCGACGCUGUUACAACGAAAGUCUGAACCUCAAAGGUGAUUGCAGAGGAAAAGAAGCCAACACUAUUGAACUCGGGAGAACCCGAGCUCGCGAAGAACUUCGGCCCCAACCAAAAGUAUACCUUGUAUCUCGGCCAGUACAGCAGAAACGCAGAAAGCUCGGCCCAGAGGAAUCGCAAGCUGUGGAGGAACAAGUACAUGCCUUAUUAGAAGCAGGGUUCAUAAGGGAGGUCAAGUACCCAUUAUGGCUGGCCAACAUCGUACUGGUCAAAAAGUCAAAUGAAAAGUGGAUAUGUACUGAUUAUACCGACCUCAACAAAGCCUGCCCAAAAGAUCCCUAUCUACUCCCAAAUAUAAACACCCUGGUUGACACCUCAUCGGGAUAUAAGUAG